CCCGCGACGCGCCGGCGGCUGGCGCAGCCCUUCGCUCGCCCGGCCUCCCCCUCCCUGGUUCCGCGCUCUGGUUCCGCCAUGGAAUCCAACAAGGAUGAAGCCGAGCGCUGUAUUAGCAUCGCUCUCAAGGCCAUCCAGAGCAACCAGCCCGACCGGGCGCUCCGCUUCCUAGAGAAGGCGCAGCGGCUCUACCCGACGCCGCGAGUUCGCGCCCUGAUCGAGUCCCUCAACCAGAAACCACAGUCUGCCAGUGACCAACCCCAACCCUCAGAGUCAACCCAUGCGACCCAGAGGAAAGCAGGUGGGGCCAACACCCCCUCAGCCAAUGGUGAAGCCGGAGGAGGAGAGAGCACCAAAGGCUACACCGCAGAACAAGUAGCAUCCGUGAAAAGGGUCAAGCAGUGUAAAGAUUACUACGAGAUCCUGGGGGUGAGCAGAGGGGCCUCAGAUGAGGACCUGAAGAAGGCUUACCGCAAAUUGGCCCUCAAGUUCCACCCAGACAAGAACCAUGCGCCUGGUGCCACUGAAGCUUUCAAAGCUAUCGGCACAGCAUAUGCAGUACUCAGCAACCCAGAGAAAAGGAAGCAGUAUGACCAGUUUGGUGAUGACAAGAGCCAGGCAGCCCGGCACGGCCAUGGGCAUGGGGACUUCCACCGUGGCUUUGAGGCCGACAUCUCCCCUGAAGACCUCUUCAACAUGUUCUUUGGCGGUGGCUUUCCAUCUAGUAACGUCCAUGUCUACAGCAACGGCCGCAUGCGCUAUACGUACCAUCAAAGGCAGGACCGCAGGGAGAACCAGGGUGAUGGUGGGCUGGGGGUGUUUGUCCAGCUGAUGCCCAUCCUCAUCCUGAUCCUCGUGUCAGCUCUCAGCCAGCUUAUGGUCUCCAGUCCACCCUACAGUCUGAGCCUGCGACCAUCAGUGGGCCACGUCCACAAGAGAGUUACUGACCACCUGAAUGUCGUCUACUACGUGGCGGACACGUUCUCUGAGGAAUACACAGGCUCCAGCCUCAAAAUGGUUGAACGGAACGUGGAAGAUGAUUAUAUUGCCAAUCUCCGAAACAACUGUUGGAAGGAGAAGCAGCAAAAGGAAGGCUUGCUGUACCGGGCCCGCUACUUUGGCGACACAGAUAUGUACCACAAAGCACAGAAGAUGGGCACCCCAAGCUGUAACCGACUGUCAGAGGUGCAGGCCUCCCUGCAUGGAUAGUCCUGGGCCAGCCGUGCCACUGAGGUCCAAACUAUGAAAUCCCUGGAGAAUUUUUGGUGACAUGCACUGAGCCAAGGUGAUGGACUGUAUAUUUAAGGAAAGACAUAAAAAGAAAAAAAAUUAAAAUGGAAUUGGAGGCCGAACGCCGCACAACUGCCCUCUCUCUCACCCAGUAAAUGCAGAAAGCUCUUAGGACAGACAGGAAAACCUGCCACAGGGCUGCUUCCCUUCCUCCCAAGGCUGGCAGAGGCUCUGGCUCCACAUCGGCUCUCUCCUAGGCUACGGAAACCAUGGCAACGGAAGUAGAAUGUCAAACUUGCAGCAAGUGUCUGUGGGAAGGGCUGGGGGAGAGGGCGCCCAACUGCCUUUCUUUCUCCUCCCCGGAGCCACCAGCAGUCACCUCAGUGGAAGCAAUCAGAGGUGCUGGCCAAGGAUAGGAGGAAGAAAGAGAACUCUCCAUAGAAUGUAAUUUAUAGAUGCGUGUAUGUGUAUAUAUAUCUAUUUAUAUGUAAAUAGCAUAUAUAAAGAGAUAUAUAUAUAUAGUCUACUUUUUAAUCUCUGCAGGGAUUUGGUUAAGUUGUUUAGUUGAUUUCUCCCCUGUUGUAGAAAACGAGACCUGUUUGGGGAAGGCAGCCUGGUCCUUCAAAGGCUAGACCUUAGGCACAGCAGACAGCAUAAGGAAAGUCGGGUCGUAGCUUUUAACGUUCCCUCAACCCCAGCCUGUUUUUGAUGGCAGCAGUAAUCAUGAUGGGAUAAAUGUGUAGAAAACUUGGAAGGUUGCCAGGUUUAUGGUUAACCUGGAGGGGAGCAGGCUGCAGGGCGGAAAAUGCCCGUGGGGCCAGGUGCCAGGUCAGUACUGAGUCAUGGUAGAGGCCCCAGACGGCGGCCUGUGGGGGUGAGACCACCCACCUCACGCUCUGGCCAGCUCAGGUGGGCGCUUGGUCCUGGUGCCCAGGAGCCCUCUGACCCCCUCCCCACUCAGUCCCUAAGUGAGUUUUGCCUUAUAGGUGCCACAGGGCACAGCCCUGUGGUUACGUCUAGUUUUUCCUAAGUCAUGUACCAAGGACUCCAGAAGGCUUUUCCUCCAAGAGUCAGCCAGGUGGUGCCCAGGACCCUGGGGCAGCAGCCAACUCCUGAAGAAAGUCCGUGACUCUGGACACCUCUGUCUCCGCCCUCUGUGGACAUGAUGCCACCCAGCCUUCUCUCAUGCUUUAGACAAAGGAUGUACGUGAACAGGGAGGGUUUUCUUAUCUUAACCUUCAAAUGAGAGUUUUUCUCAAAACAGCAGUUGCUGCCAGGGGAAGGGAGGGAGGUUUUAUUUAUUCCCACAGUUUAUACUGGGCCUUUUGGAAUUACCGUUUUUCCCAAAUUUUCCUCUGGCGGUGGAUAUUUCAUUGAGUCCGCCAUCCUCCAAAGCCUUACUACCCCAAGCUGCCAGCCAGGGUGGGAUCACCACCCUCCCAGAGCCUCUCUUGGCUCUUUUUUUAAAAGUCCCCCAACAAAUAGGAUUCUUGCUGGGAAAGGAAGGUUGGCCAAGAAAUGUCAAACAUGGUUUUUAAACAAGGUCCUGCCCUGUGAGGAAGCGGCCACCCCAGGUGCAGAGAGAUGCUAAGAACUGGAUGUGGGUAAGAGCGCCCCACCCUUGGGGCCCCCGGUGCUCUGCCCCCACCACCCUGACCAUCUGGUCCUGGUAGACGUCCCUAGAUGGGCUGAGCCACGUGCAAUAAGAACAUAGGUCCUAAUGGAUCCCCCGAGAAGCUGUAUUUCUUGAAUUAGAAUUCUGAAAUUGUAUAUCUAUAAAUAUAUGUUUAUUAUGUGA